ACUACAUUAUGAAGACAUUCCUAAUUUUAGCACUCUUUGCUCUAGCCGCUUCGGCUUUUCCUGUGGAGGAAUCUGAGCGCGUCCAUGGCGAGAACGGCUGGUACGUUCCUCAACAGGAUGGCUCCUCUGAGUGGGUGGACAUGGACGUAGCUGAGCAGUGGAUGGAUGCCCAGGAGCUGUUGGAGAGCCGUGGCUUGACCACCGUUCCCGUAACCUUCUACCUGUACACAUCUUCAAAUCCCACAAAGGGCACGAAGAUUACGACCACCGCCAAGUCCAUUGACGCCUCCCACUUUAACGCUGCCCACCCUACUCGCUUUGUGAUCCACGGUUGGACCCAGAGCUACACCGCCAGCAUGAACAAGGACAUCUGCAGUGCCUGGCUCUCCCGAGGAGACUACAACGUGAUCGUUGUCGACUGGGCUCGUGCGCGUUCUGUGGAUUACGCCACUUCUGUUAUGGCAGUUUCUGCCACCGGAAAGAAGGUUGCCGCCAUGAUCAACUUCCUGCACUCUGACUACGGCAUGUCUCUGGAUAACCUGUACGUUAUUGGUCACAGCCUGGGAGCUCAUGUGGCUGGAUAUGCUGGAAAGAACACCAACGGCCAGGUGCACACCAUUGUGGGUCUGGACCCCGCUCUGCCCCUCUUCAGCUACAACAAGCCCAACAAGCGUUUGAAUUCCGAUGAUGCCUGGUAUGUCGAGUCCAUCCAGACCAACGGCGGAACCCUGGGAUUCCUAAAGCCCAUCGGUAAGGGAGCUUUCUACCCUAACGGUGGAAAGAGCCAGCCCGGAUGCGGUCUGGAUGUGACGGGUGCAUGUGCCCAUGGACGCUCCACCACUUACUACGCUGAGGCCGUCUCUGAGGAUAACUUCGGAACUGUUAAGUGCGGAGACUACGAGGCUGCCGUUGCCAAGGAGUGCGGAUCCACCUACAGCAGCGUUCGCAUGGGAGCUGAUACCAAUGCCUACAUGGUCGAGGGUGAUUUCUACGUUCCCGUAAACAGCAAGGCACCCUUCGGCAUGAUUAACUAACUUCUCUAAAAUAAAACAUAUGCUUAAUAUA